AUGUUUUUUCUUCAAAACGUAGAUUAUGACCCUGUAGUCAUAUUUUUCAAACCUGACCCUUCGACGAGUUCCGACUCUAUACUCAGCCCCAGCAAACCAUUGGCAGCCGAGACCUCUCUAGUCAGCCCCACCAAGCCAUUGGCAGCCGAGACCUCUCUACUCAGCACCAGCAUACCAUUGGCAGCCGAGACCUCUCUAAUCAGCCCCAGCACACCAUUGGCAGCUGAGACCUCUCUACUCAGCCCCAGCAAACCAUUGGUAGCCGAGACCUCUCUAAUCAGCCCCAGCACACCAUUGGAAGCCGAGACCUCUCUACUCAGCACCAGCAAACCAUUGGUAGCCAAGACCUCUCUAAUCAGCCCCAGUACACCAUUGGCAGCCGAGACCUCUCUAAUCAGCCCCAGCACACCAUUGGCAGCCGAGACCUCUCUAAUCAGCCCCAGUACACCAUUGGCAGCCGAGACCUCUCUAAUCAGCCCCAGCACACCAUUGGCAGCCGAGACCUCUCUAAUCAGCCCCAGUACACCAUUGGCAGCCGAGACCUCUCUAAUCAGCCCCAGCACACCAUUGGCAGCCGAGACCUCUCUAAUCAGCCCCAGUACACCAUUGGCAGCCGAGACCUCUCUAAUUAGCCCCAGUACACCAUUGGCAGCCGAGACCUCUCUAGUCAGCCCCAGCAAGCCAUUGGCAGCCGAGACCUCUCUAAUCAGCCCCAGCACACCAUUGGCAGCCGAGACCUCUCUAAUCAGCCCCAGUACACCAUUGGCAGCCGAGACCUCUCUAAUCAGCCCCAGCACACCAUUGGCAGCCGAGACCUCUCUAAUCAGCCCCAGUACACCAUUGGCAGCCGAGACCUCUCUAGUCAGCCCCAGCAAGCCAUUGGCAGCCGAGACCUCUCUAAUCAGCCCCAGCACACCAUUGGCAGCCGAGACCUCUCUAAUCAGCCCCAGUACACCAUUGGCAGCCGAGACCUCUCUAAUUAGCCCCAGUACACCAUUGGCAGCCGAGACCUCUCUAGUCAGCCCCAGCAAGCCAUUGGCAGCCGAGACCUCUCUCUGGUUGAAAGUUGUUUUACCAUGUUUAGGCGUUGUAGUAAUUAUACUAUUGAUUAUCUUCAUCUUGUGGUACAAAAAAAAGAUCAGCCUACCAUGUAAGAGAACAUCACCAAAGGUGAAUGUGCUGUAGAAGUCACAAACUUGAUUUUGUUAAUGUACUUAGUUUUCCUUAAUUUAGUAUUGCCUAAUUUUUUUUUUUGUGAUAGCAAAUAUGGAUUUAAUAAGAUGAUUUUUUAAAAUUCAGUCAUUCCUCAUUAAACAGUUGGUACUAUAAAUUUAGCUUUUGACACUUGACAAAUAACUUUAAUUCUAAUGUGUAAAUAAUUGUUUUUUUUUCUUGUAAACCUCUUUUUUUCACUUUCUAUUGUAAUUUAUUAUUAAAAAUAUUUAUAUAAAAAUUUAGUCAUUCCAGUGCCUUAGUUCAGAAAGUAUUUAAGUGCUUUACUAUUUUUUUUUAAUGUGAUAAAAAUAAGAAUUUUACAAAGUAUUCUAAAUCAAGUUUUUCUUUAUGAAAAACAGCAGGUAUUGCAAAUGUUUUUCCUGAUAUUUCAACUAUAACUUUUAAAUGUGUAAAUAACUCUUCUACUUGUAGAUAGCUUACUUGACCUAAUAUUAAAAUCAUAAACAAGAGUAUGCUUAUGUACUGGCCCAUAUGUUAGUUUAUAUAUAUAUAAUAUACAAGAUGAAAUGAUGAAGCAGUACAGUUUACUGUCAGAUUUCCUUCUCUCUCAGCCUUAAUUUAUUAAAUAAAAGGUUUAAAAAAAAACUUGUAAGCAAAAAAAAAAGAAUAAUUUUUCAAUGCCGUUUUUUUUUUUUGUACCCUUUUUAAAAUUAUAUUUCUCUUUUGCAGUCCUUAUUUUGUGGGUAGAUAAAAUUUACAGUUACCAAACACCUACAUAUCCAUUGCAUAAAAAGAAUGAGCUUAACAAGGAGACAAAAGUAAACUAAGAAAAAAAAAAACAAGCAUGUAAAAUAUUUGAUACCAGUAAAUCACAGGCUGUAAAUCAUUACCAACAAGUAUACCAACCUAUAUUUCUCUAACAAAGUGAAUUUCACAUUAAUUCUUCAUUAACGUGAGCAAAGAUUACACAUGGAAGUAGACAUUUUCGGCUAAUAGUACAGAAUUACUAAAAAAAAAAAAAAGAUUUUUUAUUGAGAAUCUAUUUGCAUUUUUUCUUUGUGGAUAAUCUCAUGUAAUGCAAAUAUUAAUAUUGUUGUCUUUGAUAUUUAAAAUACCUUUAUUCUGUUUGAUGUGAAUACUACAACUAUUCAAUACUGUGUAUAGCUAUUUAAUCCAGAUGAUUAAAGAGAUUUUGAAUUUCACAAACAAAA